AUGGAGGAUCAAUUCAGUGGCCGCACCGACGACGACCUCUUCUACGAUGAUGAUGACUUUGAGCCCGUCAACGGUGAGGCCACGCCUUACAUCGAACCGCCAUCGGUACUCGAAUCAUACAUUGCCUCUGUCGAAUCAAUCCCUAUUGUACCUAUAGAACCUCCACCAAUUGAGAGUAUCCCAGUGGACGAGCCCCGGCGACAGCUGCCACCGCCCAAGACACUGGCCAACUCACGCUUCGCCGACAAACCUGCGGAAGAAAAGGCGCUUGUACCUGCCGAGGCGCCGACUGUGACACCUAAGCCGGCUCCAGAGAGGAAGACUACACCGAAAAAUAACUACAAACAAUCACAAAAACCUCCCAAGGCAGCCAAAGCGAAAGCCUCACCAGCCAUCGAACCUGCUCUGCCAGCGGCAGCGAUUCCGCCUCCAGUCCCGACUGCUCCAACUGUCCCUGCUACUACUACAACUACUCCUCCUGAUGGGAAAAAGCCACGAUCCAGCUCAAAGAAGCGCAAAGGUGGUGAGGGUGCUGCCAACAAGAAGAAAGAAAAACCUGCCGCCACUCCUCCCACACCUAAGCCGCCUGUCAAUGAUGCUCGCACCCAAUCCGGUGCCAACCCAAGACAGAAAUUGACAGAAGCUGAAAUUACGGCCAAGAUGGAGAAGAUGAAACUUCUAUCGGAAGAAAAGACGCGGAAAUUCGAAAAGGCGAACCAGGAUCAGAAGCAACACGAGGAAGCGUAUGCCAGGGGCAUGGAGGAAGCGCGCAAGAAGCGCCUCGAGGAGGCUGAGCGCAAGCGUCGCGCUGAUGAAGAGCGCCGUCAACUAGAUGAUGAGAGAGCAAAGAAUAGAGAGAGAAAGCUCAAGGCUAUGAAGAUAAAGGAGGGCGGCUGGGAUGCGGGCAAGCAUGAGGUGCUUGAGGAAGAAGCCCGUCGAACGUUUCGAGGAGCAAAUGGAGGCAUCCGAGGUGCUCGUGGUGGCGGUCUGAAAGCUAGUCGCUUUGCCAAAGCCGACGAUUCAACACCUCCAGAAAGCGAUAGUCAAGGCCAGGAAGCGACCCGUGAACGAGGCAACGGACGACGAGGGGCUGGCAACGGGAGAGGACGCAACCAGGGCCGGGGCCGUCCGGGCAAGUCAACCUCCCCCGGUUCCAGAACCCCAGUUUCUAAGAAGGAUGACUUGUUCCCUCAUCUACUCAACCGCGAGAAAGUACCUGCUAAAGAUGAGGUUCCUAAGCAGGAGCCUGCGAAGCCUGACCCUGAAGCCGUGAAGCCUGAACUGUUACAACCCGCAACCCUGGAAUCACUGUUGUUUGCUCCGCCUCCCGCAAGCGGCAACUGGGGAGAUGAGGUGGAGGAAUAUGAAGAAAUGAUGAAUGCUGCAGCAUGA